AUGAGCACGUCAAAAGAGCUAACACUCAAAUUAAGCCAGGCAAUACUCGUCAUACAACAAGGGUUACAAGAACGAUUUGAAGACAUAACAACGAGUAAAAAUCAUUUGGUUGCUACCUUUCUCGAUCCAAGGUUUAAAAUGAAUGUUUUCACCAAUCAACUGCAAAAAGAAAAAGUGAAGCAGUAUGUAUUAAUCGAUAGCAUAAUAAUGAGCUGUGAAGAAACAAGCGACGAUAGCCCGAGUUCGUCCCCUACUUUGGCCAAGAGGAUGAGAACUGAAGAGAAAAGUCUAAAUCAGACUAUUCACUCAACUUUUAUAGAUUGCUUUGAAGAGCUGAUAGCAGAAAAAAGCACAGCUUCUGGAAACACAUCAACAGAAAAAAAUGCAGUUUCAACAGAAAUGGAUCUUUUUUUUAAAUAUUAG